CGUAUAAACAAAUUUCAAAUAAUAAAUAUAAUAAUUAAAAUUAAUAAUAUCUAUAAAAAAGUUAAUGCAAAACACAUUUACAACUAUACUAUAUACAUAAAAUAUUAAUAAUUCAUUUAUUUGUCUGCUCAAACUAAAUGUUCAUCGCAGAAACUUUUGCAUAUUUUUAGAAUCUGUCCAUCAGUUUGCUGUGCGUGAAAAAACUGAAAUUUUCUGAUUGUGACCAAUAUCAUCGUUUCCAUGUGGAGGAUAUAAAUUUCAAAUAAAAUCCAUUUGGCUGCCACAAAUAUAAAAAAUAAAAAAAUAACUUAUAAUUAACACAUCGUCAUUCAUACUUGCAUACAUUCAUAUGUAUAUAUUUACAUGCGAGAACAUACAUACAUGUAUAUAAUUAGAUAAAGUCUGUUGUAAUAAAGUAAAUUAUAAAAGUAAUAGUCCAUCAAGAAAACUUCAUUAGAAUAAAAAAUAUACAUAUUUUGUUGCAACAUCUCAAAAGAAGUAACUCAACAAAGAAAAAUCUGUGAUUUAAGUUUAAAAGACAGUAACAACAAACAUCCCUAGGACAACAAAUUUUUAUCUGCAAAACUUCUAGAAUAUCGAAAUCUUAGUUAAAUUAUUCAGAUUUUUAUGAAUUAAUGGUUUAUGUUAACAAAGCAAAGGAUCAAUAGAUGAAAUGUAGCGCGGUUCUAUGGUCGGCGAACGUGAUAGAGACCGUGAAACGGUACGCUGGGAAACGGGUGCGUCAACACCACCGACCCAAUACAAUAAUGGAGUAUUACAAAUGGUGGGACAAUUGCAUGGUGGACAGGCUACAAGCCAACAACAACAGCAGCAACAACAACAAACAAUACAACGUGAUUCACAACAGCAGCAGCAGCAACAACAACCGACACAACAAAUCAUACCAAAACAAAAACAAAUACAGCAACAGGAAUUUAACUAUCAACAACAAUCCAACAGCUGGAUCGAUAACGAAACUCUUGGACGCAACAGUGCAACAUCAACUACAACAACGGCCAAUAUCGGAGACGGCUGUGAUAAUCAACCCUACUACGACACCAGCGGUAAUGUCGAUUGGGGCCGGGCGAUGGGAACCGGUGGAACUGGUGCAUACAUUGGCGGCGAUGGAUCUAUCCCAACAGCUGGCAGUAUUGCUUAUAACGCUAGUCAAGGUACUACAGCCGCGCGAGGUACCGGCAUCAAUACCAGCGCCGCUACUGGUGUCAACAUGGAUUAUAUUGAUGGUAGCAGCAUUGCUGGCGCAUCCGCCACAACUACACACACUGCUGGCGGUAUGGCAAGUGGCAGUACGGCGAACGCUGUCGGUUGGUCAAACGAUGUCACACUGGUUGGCGUGCCUGGCAGUACGGCCAUUACGACUACAACUUCUGGUUCGGGCACUGGCAAAGAAGUUCGCUACGCUCCAUUCCCCAUCACCUCACCCACACAUUCGAAUCCCACUACUUCCCAACUGCACCAGGGUGCCAUUAAUGCUGGCGCUCUACAACGGACACAUUCCAGAUCAAUGUCCUCCAUCCCGCCGCCGGAACCUUUUAUGAUAGCACAGUCGAAGCAAAUGAACAGUCGCGUAUCCAUCAACGUGGGCGGAGUCAAACACGAAGUCCUCUGGCGCACCCUCGAACGUCUCCCCCACACACGUCUCGGCCGCCUUCACGAAUGCACGACCCAUGAAGCUAUCAUAGAGUUGUGCGAUGACUAUUCACUGGUCGACAACGAGUACUUCUUCGACCGUCAUCCCAAAAGUUUUAGUUCCAUUUUAAAUUUCUAUCGUACGGGUAAAUUGCACAUUGUCGACGAGAUGUGUGUGCUGGCCUUCAGCGAUGAUCUCGAGUAUUGGGGCGUCGAUGAACUCUACCUGGAGUCGUGCUGUCAGCACAAGUACCAUCAGCGCAAAGAAAACGUACACGAAGAAAUGCGCAAAGAAGCCGAAUCGCUACGACAAAGAGACGAAGAAGAAUUUGGUGAAGGUAAAUGCGCUGAAUAUCAGAAAUACUUAUGGGAAUUGCUAGAAAAACCGAAUACAAGUUUUGCCGCCAGGGUUAUCGCUGUGAUAUCCAUACUAUUUAUAGUCCUGUCUACCAUAGCCCUGACGUUGAACACCCUACCACAGUUACAACAUUAUGAUAAUGAUACGGGUACACCAACAGAUAAUCCACAAUUGGCUAUGGUUGAGGCCGUUUGUAUAUCGUGGUUUACGCUAGAGUAUAUACUUAGGUUUAGUGCGUCGCCAGACAAGUGGAAGUUUUUUAAAGGCGGCUUAAAUAUAAUCGAUCUAUUGGCAAUACUCCCUUAUUUUGUUUCCCUGUUUUUGUUGGAGACAAACAAGAAUGCUACGGACCAGUUCCAGGAUGUGCGCCGGGUGGUGCAAGUUUUUCGCAUCAUGCGCAUCCUGCGAAUCCUUAAGCUGGCCCGUCACUCAACGGGCCUGCAGUCGUUAGGCUUUACCCUACGCAAUUCAUAUAAGGAACUCGGUCUACUAAUGCUGUUCCUGGCUAUGGGCGUUCUCAUAUUUUCUUCGCUGGCAUAUUUUGCCGAAAAGGAUGAAAAGGAUACAAAAUUCGUUUCAAUACCGGAAACAUUUUGGUGGGCGGGUAUUACAAUGACAACUGUUGGCUACGGGGACAUCUAUCCCACUACUGCACUGGGAAAGGUUAUUGGUACUGUGUGUUGCAUAUGCGGUGUUCUGGUAAUCGCUUUGCCUAUUCCCAUCAUAGUUAACAAUUUCGCUGAAUUUUAUAAGAAUCAGAUGAGACGCGAGAAGGCGCUCAAACGCCGUGAGGCGCUCGAUCGUGCCAAACGUGAGGGUAGCAUUGUUUCUUUCCAUCAUAUCAAUCUGAAAGAUGCCUUUGCCAAAUCCAUGGAUCUCAUCGAUGUCAUUGUUGAUACAGGAAGCAAACAAACAAAUGUCGUUCAUCCAAAAUGUAGAAACAGACAGUCAGCAACAAAUAUAGGAAAACAACCUCUAAGUAAAAUUCUGUCAGAAAAGCGCGAAAGUCGCAAUAGAUCCAUAAACAAUUGGCAACGUUUAACAAAAGCCCUACGACGAUCGUUACCCACAGGGCACAAUCUCUCUCAGACGGAUGGGAAUAGCACUGAAGGCGAUUCAACCAGUGGACGAAACCCGGCUACAACAGGAAUUGGUUGCUAUAAGAACUAUGAUCAUGUCUCCAAUCUAAGAAACUCUAAUGUUCCACAUCAUCGUUCUUCAUCAGUACCUGACCAUAAUGAUGCAGUCCCACCCUACUCCUUUGAAAAUCCCAAUGCUCGUCAAACCUCUAUGAUGGCCAUGGAAAGUUAUAAACGCGAACAGCAGGCGUUGCAACAACAGCAGCAGCAACAACAACUGUUGCAAUCUAUUUCACCAGCACUGGCAUUGCCCUCGAAUGCAAUUUCUACAAACGCACCAAGUUCUGCGGGCUUAAUACCAGCUCCACAAACGACAUCUGGUCUUGUAUCAGAUGAUGCUGCUGCCAAUACCUCACAGGCUGGUGAUGACAAUGCUCCAACAUCUAUUAUACCCGUCCAAAUGAUGAUAAAACCAGGGGAAGUGGCAGAGUUGCGUCGCCAGGUGGCGCUUGAAAAUUUGCAAAAUCAACGCAUGGAUAAUUAUGAUCAAGAUGUACCUGUGGAAUUUGAAUGCUGUUUUUGCACAUCAAAGGACUUCAAGGAAUUCACUGAUGCCGAAGGUGUAAUCUCACUUCCAACAUCGGACUUCCAUAAACCAAUUUGUUAUGAAAUGCGGCAAGCGGCUAAUCGUGAUCUACAGCAAACUCUUCCAUUUGGCCUACUGACAACAGCAGCGGCGGUACCCCUACCAACUACCGCAACUAUACCGUCGAGCCAAAUGCAACAGCAGCAGCAGCAACAACAACUCUUAGCUGGCAUUAUCUCAGCCACGACGGGUACAACACAAACUGAAUUGUUAUAUUCUGCCGGCAGCGGAGGCGGUAUUAUACGAGCUCCAAUGCCAUACACUGCCACUGGCGCUGCGCCAAUUUCACAAUCAUCUUCGACCUCAUCGUCGUACGGUACUACAACAUCGACCACAAUAGCGCUGCCAUUAGAUACGCCUCUGAGAUAUCCACCGUACAUAACUAGCAGCAGUAUCAGUUCCACUGUUAAUAACUUCAACCACAACUACAAUAACAACUUCAAUACAACAUCUCUGGGAACUUGCCAUCCGCUGUCAAUGAGCACAAGCCAACAAGGUGCACUACCAGCACUGGGGAACAAUUACAGCAACAAUAAUUUGAAUAAUUUGAAUUUCAAUAACAACAAUGCCGAUCUGGCGAGCGUAGACAGUUCUGAUACGUAUGCCAGUUGUCAAACCCACCCAUUUUUGUCGCAAGGUGAUCUAACGUCCGACUUUAACGACGAGGUGUGUGCCUUAGACAUAGACAUGGACAAUUUGUAUAUAAAUCCGUUGGAAAAAGAUUCGGCCGGUAAUACAACAACCGGUUAUAUGGUCGGUUUGCCGCCUACCCCCUCCUCUGGCCAGAUACGGGCCCACGUCAAGAAGAGUGCCUCGGGUGAUACGGCUUUGCGAAAUUUGGCAGCCGGCGGUCUAAGUCCCAUGGAUGAUGUUUACCAAAGUGCAUUCGAUGCCCACGAUCGUGGUAGUCAUAUUAGUCUUAACGAGAAUCCAGUGCCAAAACAUCGUAAAACACGAUUCCAGCAAAGCUUUACCGUAGCAUUGCCACCCCACUCCGCCGUUAGUGCAAUUGGACAGUCAUCGGCGAAACCACGAGCACGUUUCGAAGACUCGAAGUUAUCGCAUGAAAAUCUGGGAAGUGAAAGCAGUCCUGCGAGUAGUACGGGAAAAAAGAAACGUUCCUCGUUUAUGCCCGGUAAAAGUUUAGCCACUGCCACUAAAUUAAUAAAUCAGCACCUGUUUGGUAUACAAAAUGUUGGACCCAAAGCCAAAUUUGAAAGUAAACAUUCCUCAUCGAUAGACUCUAUAGAUGCAUCGCCAAAUUUAGAACAUCAUCGACGAUCCAAGUCGAUAUUGAAAAAUAAAUCGGAUGUGUCGCGAGUACUGGCAGAUCCUGAAAGUGAACGUCUGCUAGCGGACAAUAUGUCUGGGUCUGGUGUCUCAGAUAAUGGCACUGUCAUGGGCGAGUCUGGCAGUGAUUACUCACCGAAUAAAUUACCUCAUUCAGUUUUAGCUAAGUCAAUAUCCCCACCACCCCUUAGGCAUCGUACCCUAAUGCAACAACGCUCAGGUCCGGCUAAUCUACAAUCGAAACCGACCAAAUUUCAAACACCACGCUAUCCGGAGGAACAAGCCUUACGUCAGGUUAAACCGGUACUGGCCCGUUCCGCCGCAGCAUCUCAUAUGUCCGGUGAUAGUAACCGUUACGAUUCAACGAAUAGAGACAGUAGUUUAGUCAUACCAUUCGCAGAUUCUGAAACAACAUUUACAUCGAAUGUUAACUUACGCAGUGAAGCAGCUGACAGUGGAAAUGACGGCAGUGGAGAUGCUGGUGGUUCAAGUGAUGAAAAUCGAUCACUAUUACAACGUGAUAAUUCCAAUGAACGCACAGAGGAACAAGGUGAUAAUAGCGGUUCGAAAGCGUAGCAAUUAAAGAAGGACAAAGCUAAAAAUGAAUAAAAUGUCAUUCAUAGCCCAACACAUCCACCAAAAACUCUAUUGUCUGACACUGUGACACAUAUACUUAAGUACAUUCGUACUGCCACUAAAAAUGCCAAUUCUAUUGGACAUUCUUAUCUGGUGGUAAUAAAAGAUAAAACAAAAAAAAAAAAAAAAACAAAAUGAAAAAUAUCCUCGAACAGAAUGUGAAUAUGAAAAAGCAAUGAACAGUAUUUUAGUCUGAUUAAAUUAUUUAUUUUUAAAAUGAUAUUACUUGAAAAAUACAAAA